UUAUGCUGACUGACAAACUCUCUCUCUCUCUCCCUUGUCUGUCUCUCCCCGCCUCGCUUACCACCAUUUCUGCGUCUUCCUCGAACCGUUUCUGCAGAUUCCGCCUCUGUCCUCACGGCGGCGACGCUUGAAACAACCCACUGCCGAUCAUUCUCCACCAUGUUUGUAAGCUUUCGGAUCUGAAUCGGACUCUAAAUCUGAAACUGCCUUCUCUUUCUGCAUUCUGAGAGAGAGAGAGAGAGAGAGAGAGACAACAAUGGCUGCCAUGAUCUUCCAUGUUUUCUCGUCGUCGGCGCUGCUCUCGCUUGGCCUCUACCACAUCGUCUCCGUUACCCUCAAUUUCCUCAAAUCCCCGCAGUCCUACGCCGCCAGGCCCUACCAUCCCUUCCCGCCUUCCUCCGCGCAUCAGCUUCUUCUCCCCCAUCAUCAGCAACACCAUCUCUACGGUCUCCGCUACCUGCAACUCUAUCUCGCAAUCCCAUGCCUCGUUCUUGCCUUCGUCCAUCAGGUCAUCGUCGCCGCCGACCCUGAUCCUCUCCUCAAGGGCAACACCCCCGUCCACCAUUUCAUUUCCCUUCAAUUCGCCGCCGUCAUCUUCCUCUUCCUCAUCUUUACCCUCGCCCUUCUCCUCGCCGACUCCACCUCUCUUCUUCCCCUCCCUUCCGAUCUCUUCUUUGCCCUAGCAUCCGCCCUAUUCUUCUUGCAAUUCUCCGUCUCUUACUCAGCCGCCUCUGUUCAGACCUCUGAUCUUCAAGCCAAAUGCGAUUCCGUCUCCGGUAAAAUCUCCGCCCUAGCCUCCUUCCUCUGCCUGGUCCUUGCUUGCUUGCCUAGGCUCUUCGUGGCCGAUGUGGGUUUGGGGGUUACCUUCUUACUCCGAGGCCUUUGGGUGCUUCAGACGGGGCUUUCGCUUUAUGUCGAAGCCUUCAUCCCUGAAGGAUGUCACAGGUUGCUGGAUGUGGUGAAUGGCGUGGAGGGAUCCACCAAGUGCGAUUUGGAGGAAUCCCGGCUCAGGGCCGUUGCCAUUUUGGACCUGGCUUUUCUAAUCCACGUUAUGUUUGUUCUGCUUAUUGUGAUUGUCAUUUAUGCUGUCAUUGCCAGGGCUGUUGGCGUGCGGCGAGGUGGGUCUUACGAAGCUUUACCGGCGGCUGCUGCUGGUGGGGAAAACAAUCAUAUACAGAUGAAAGCAUUGACGGGUGCUUGAUUCUGAUGUCUUUACCUUGAAAGUCUGAGUAUCGGUUGAUGAAUUUGUGCCCUUGGUGUACUCAUCUUGAAACCCAAAUUAGGUGGGGGUGGGGGGAGGCAUUGCUUGAACAAAAGCAAUUAUUGUGUUGUGUUGGAACAACUAUCAGGUUGGAUCAUCUUUUUAUCUUACUAAUGAUAAGUUCAAUCUCA